AUGGACCACGGCACCUUUUAUAUUGAGAUUAAAUGUCGACGACGUUUUCAGAUUUAAGCGGAAGCCAACAAUAAGACCAUGACCUCGGAGCCCAUGCAGUUGUUGCCAAAGCUUUGGAAUCAACGUACUGUGUGCCGUACUCUAACACCCUGUUCCAUUGAUCCGUGGAUGAAGGAAAAAGUUUUGUUCCUUCCUCCGACCAUUGAUCACCGCGGAGAGAGUGGCCAUGGCAAACUGCAGUUGUCAUGCAAUACGAUGUCCUCGGACGACGACGAAUCGUCCUGGGUAUUCGAGUCCCUGGUUAGCUACCUGAGGGGUCCCGCGUGGAACAUUCCGAUUAUAACUUUCAUCGAACAGAAAUCGAUCGUCUUCGAACCAGGAUGCGACAACGAGGAGUACCGCAAGAUACACAACGAAUACAAGAACCUGGUUGACUUUAUGCUGGGAAGUCAUAUGGAAGACAUGGGAAUAACGCCUGAACAGUUCGAAAAAGUCUGUGGUAAACCAAACAGGGGCAUAGCUGCCAAAUUUCAUCAGGGUCUCUUCGAGCAAGUCUGGGCAGCAGAUGAUUAUGAAAUCUUCAAGCGUAUGAUGACUCAAAAGAACAUUGAUCUUCAACUUCAGGCACUGGAGAUCAUGGCUCAACGUUAUGGUCUCGUGCCAGACUCAUUCCAGGGUGAACCACAGGGUGUGACAGAAGAUGCUGAGAAGGCGGAUGAGAAGAACAGCAAAGAUGACGAAGAAGUUCUCAUGGCUCAUGUCAUGAACCUGUGUCUUUUCCACGGCUGCAAGACGGUUCAGGUGUCCACUGGGAAGAAGUCAUUGGAAGAAGAGGCGACAGUGAAAGAACAAGAGACCAUGGAAGAAAAACUCAUUCAGGAUGCUAUUCAGGCCACUCUCUUGGAGAAACAACGGCUUGAAGCAGAAAAAACAAAAGAGAAAGAACUCUUGGACAAGGCUCUGAAAUUGUCCCUCGUAGAGUCACCACAACCUCCCACCGAGAGUGAAGAAACUGUGCCCAAGGAAAAACCGAGCACUGAAGCAGGGAGCGAACAGCAGAAUGCUGCCGUGGAGGAUGAUGAACUGGCAUGGCGGCACCGAGCAAGUGCUGAGGAAGUUAACCGGCGCAGAGAAUACCUUCGCAACCAGCGGGACAAGCUGGUGGCAUUGAAACGUGCCGAGCGUGAGAAACAGCUCAACAGCACGCUUGAGCGAGACGAACCACAACGCCCACGCUCUGCCAGGGCUGCCAGGGCCGCUCUAGGGGGCACCGUGACACUCGAGGCGCCCAACAUGGCUGAUCAGGGGAACCUUGCCUUCCGCAAGUCACUGGCAGCUCGGCUUAAAGCCGAAGUCAUAGAUUCAUAGAGUCCUUAUCCUGCCUUUGCCUGUGGUGACUACAAAUCUGUGAAAAAGCAUGCCGAAAAUGAAGCUUCCAACGCUACUAGCACAAGCAAGCAGCCCAGCCUAAAGGACCGCAGUGAACAAUGGUGUCGCUUAUUGUUAAACUCAUAUCCUGAGCAAGAAGCUUAAUAAACAUGUAUGUUGUCAUUGUUCCAACAAA